AUGGCUGAGGUCUAUAAUGCAGAAUCUCUUCUUUCUACCCCGGUGACAGGCUUCCCUUCGGUGGAGGAGGCGAACGAUGAUGUAGCGCUCUAUUCUGACGAAGUCGGAACUCCCACGCCCGCUCAAAUGACCCUUGACGUAGUUGGGGAGGGGUAUGUGUCCACAUAUAAUCAUUGCUACCCUAUUGCAGUCGACUCAGACGACGUUUCCGAGAUCAAGCUUGAAAGAAAACAUCCUGAAGGCUCGAGAAAAUUCCGGAUUUCUCUCAAUGUGCCUCAAGAAGAACCUGAUGCAAAAUGUCCCAUCAGCCGCGAUGAAGUCCACUUUUCUCAGGCUCGUCGGGAUAUUCGAAGAAACCCCCUGCAGCUGGAUAUAUUCUUUGUUUUCAGGCUGCAGACGGGCAUAAAUAAAGACAACCAGAAGAACCUGACAAGUGGCAGCAUGGCCGAGCAUGAACAGAAGGACUGGCGUCACAAUCGGUGCGAGCGCAAAACUUCAAAAUUCACGCUCAGCAAGUCUGUAAGUCAAAAGAGACUAGGCAUUCUGAAAUCAUUCGGUUUCAAGGGGGUGAAAUACCUCCAUGAGGCAGGGUACUGA